CACGUCCGCCGUCCGGAACGUGAGCUACUCUCUCGUGAGCUAGGUCGAGCUCGGCUCGUUGCCCUUUGUCUCGUUUUUGUAUUUGAUCCGUGACCUUUUUACACUGUCGUUUUAACAUAAAAGGACCCAGAAGCCCUUUGUAAUAUUUCUAUGUAUACGCAUAUAUCGGCGCGUGCUGGUAAUCGUAGACUUCGGCUAUAAAUUCCGCAACCGAGCGCGAGAGCGAAAAAAGCAGAGUCCGGGAUCACGCGAGGAUAUUCCUACUAACAAAUGUUGCUUUGAACACUUGGUCGUGUUGAAUUGCCGCCGGUGAACUCGUGUUAAGAUGGAGGUGAAGGUGGUGGUGAUGGCAGCUCUGCUGGGGAUAGUCUCAGUCUGCAACGCUCAACUAGAUGGUAAUGAAUGUACUAAGGCAUCAGCUCAGUCUUGUGGAGAAUGUAUUCAGGUUGGAGAGAUGUGUGGGUGGUGCAGCACAGAAGCGUUUCUGAAGCAGGGGGAGUCGAAGUCAGCACGCUGUGAUGAGAUCAAGGCUCUGGAGAGUAAGGGCUGUUCCAAAGUAGAAAACCCACGCGGAAAUAUCACCAUCGACGAGAACAAACCCGUCACCAACCGCAAGAAAGACGGGUCGGAGAAGCUGAAGCCAGACCAGAUCACCCAGAUUCAGCCUCAGAAACUCACACUCAAGCUGAGAGCAGGUGAACAGCAGAAGUUUUCUCUGAGGUUCAAACGUGCUGAGGAUUACCCCAUUGACAUGUACUAUCUGAUGGACCUCAGUUACUCCAUGAAAGAUGAUUUGGAGAAUGUGAAGAACUUGGGAACAGACUUGAUGCAUGAAAUGCAGACCAUCACAUCAGACUUCAGGAUUGGGUUUGGUUCCUUUGUGGAGAAGACUGUAAUGCCCUACAUCAGCACGACGCCAGCCAAGCUUCUGAACCCCUGCACCUCGGAUCAGAACUGCACCAGUCCCUUCAGCUACAAGAACGUGCUGAGUCUGACUGAGGACGGGAAACGUUUCAACACCCUGGUCAGCCAGCAGCAGAUCUCCGGAAACCUGGACUCUCCAGAGGGGGGCUUUGACGCCAUCAUGCAGGUCGCUGUGUGUGGGGAGCAGAUAGGCUGGAGGAAUGUGACUCGACUGCUAGUCUUCUCGACGGACGCUGGUUUCCACUUCGCUGGAGAUGGGAAACUAGGCGGCAUUGUGCUUCCCAAUGAUGGGAAAUGUCACUUGACGAACAACAUGUACACAAUGAGCCACUACUAUGACUACCCUUCCAUCGCCCACCUUGUCCAGAAGCUGAGUGACAACAAUAUUCAGACCAUAUUUGCAGUGACUGAAGAGUUCCAGCCGGUCUAUAAAGAGCUUAAGAACCUCAUUCCCAAGUCUGCUGUAGGAACACUGUCUGCAAACUCCAGCAAUGUGAUCAAGCUGAUUAUCGAUGCUUACAAUUCUCUGUCCUCUGAGGUGAUUCUGGAGAACAGUAAGCUCCCUGAGGGAGUGUCCAUCUCAUAUGUGUCUCACUGCAAGAACGGAGUGAGUGAGACAGGAGACAACGGACGAAAGUGCUCCAACAUCUCAAUUGGUGAUGAGGUGCUCUUUGAUGUAGCCAUCACUGCCAAGGGCUGUCCAUCUCCUGGGAAAUCUGAGACCAUAAAGAUUAAACCACUGGGCUUCAACGAGGAGGUUGUGGUUGUCCUCAACUUCAUUUGUGAGUGCGAGUGUCACAAAUCGGGAAUUCCCAACAGUCCAGAUUGUCACUUUGGUAAUGGAACCCUGGAGUGCGGGGCAUGCAGGUGCAAUGAGGGUCGUAUUGGAAGGGUUUGUGAGUGUAGCAAAGACGACGUCAGGACAGAAGAUCUGGACGCUAACUGCAGAAUGGACAAUGGCACAGACAUCUGCAGUAAUAACGGAGACUGCGUCUGUGGGACGUGUGAGUGUAAGAAGAGAGACAACCCAGAGGAGCGGUAUGAGGGGAAGUACUGCGAGUGUGACAACUUCAACUGUGACCGCUCCAACAACAAACUCUGUGGAGGUCAUGGUCGGUGUGUGUGCAGGAAAUGUGUGUGUGACGCUAACUACACAGGCAGUGCAUGUGACUGUCCUCUGGACAAACAGCCAUGUAUGGCUAGUAACGGACAGGAGUGUAACGGUCGAGGACAGUGCGAAUGCGGUGUGUGUAAAUGCACCGACACAAAAUUCCAGGGCCCCACCUGUGAGAUCUGCCCCACCUGUCCAGGAGUCUGCGCUGAGCACAAAAACUGUGUCCAGUGCCUGGCAUUUAAGAGUGGAGAGCUGAAGGACGUGUGUGAAUCCACAUGCAAGAACUUCAAACCCAUCCUGGUGAAGAAGAAGGAAGACCUUCCUCAGCCAAACAGCCAACCCUUCCUCACACACUGCAAAGAGCGCGACGCCAAUGACUGCUGGUUCUUCUUCACCUACGCCACCAAGAAUAACACUACUGAAGUCUACGUGGUAGAGGAGCUGGAAUGCCCGGCUGGUCCCGACAUCAUCCCCAUCGUAGCAGGCUUGGUCGCGGGCAUUGUUCUGAUUGGUCUGGCCCUGCUUCUCAUCUGGAAACUGCUUAUGAUUAUUCAUGACCGCAGAGAGUUCGCAAAGUUUGAGAAAGAGAAGAUGAACGCCAAGUGGGAUACACAAGAGAAUCCGAUAUACCGGAGCCCUAUUAAUAAGUUCCAGAACCCCGGUUAUGGACACAGAAGCGGGGCGCUCUGAGCUACAGGUGAAAAUCCCAUCUAUAAGAGUGCCGUUACCACAGUGGUCAAUCCCAAAUACGAGGGGAAGUGAUGCAUGAACUGGCCAACCACAACACUGUAUGCAAAUGAGGAGAAAAGGAGGCGGUGCUUGAUCUGUUUUUUAUUUUUUUGUGACUCAUUUUGAAUCACUUUUGUUAGCUGAGCGUUUUUCACAACAUUGUUCUACUAAUCUGUAUUUCUAUGCAUUAUGUACAGUGUGUAUAAACUUGAGUUUUUACUUGUGGAAUGUUUCAAAUGUUUUAGUUCAACCCUUUUUUUCUGAGUGUGUGUUGCCACAGGACUGGCUGUGCUCUCGUGAAGGUGUGAGCUUGGCCUUCUGAACUUCUCUCACAACACUGUUUCCUAGUCCUGCUCACUACAGCGCCCCACUGUCUUAGCCGCUCGCUGUUUAGCUAACGAAGCCCUCUGGAGGCUGCAGGGUCAGGGGUCUCCAGGAGCAGGAUGGAGAAACACUGCGCUUGGGGUUUUCAGGACAAAUGGAGUUCUCCUGUGAGGGGGAGCCUUUACACUGGCCUCCAAACACUGGUCCAGGCCUGCUGGACGGAAACGUCCCUUUAAUCGACACUGGGACCUUCAACACUGCUAGUUCCACUUUGUAAUGGAGGUUACUGGUCAUGUGUGUUUCUGUGCUCUGAACAAAAGCCUGGCUUGUGUUGAGCACAAUGUUCUCCUUCUCUGGUGUAGCUGGGUGGAGAGGGUGUGGUGGCGUGUUCAUCCUGGAACAGAGGCUCCCACCUCAGCCCCCAGACAACCCCAGUAGUUGUUCUCCAGCUUUCUACGCAGCUGAGGUCGUGUGGCCCACCUGGCCUGGGUGAGGAACCUGUUCUCUGAGGAACUUGGUUCUGGACCUGGUUCUGGUCCUGCUUCUGGACAUGGCUCUAUAGCUGCUCAUGCCUGCAUUGGUUUGCAAGCUCUGCCGUUUGAACCUGCGUUCAGGAAGUUUGAGUGACUGCUGCAUGUGGAUGCACUCUGAGAUGUACUCGAGUUUUCAGGAGUUUUAUAUAUUUGUAGAUUCAUUUUAUGUUUAAAAUAUAAAGACCCUGAAUAGCCAAUCAUUCUGAACUUAGUCAUAGUUUUAAAUUAGCGGAUUCUAGUUUGAUUGUUAAGCAUGACGGUGUUAUGUCUGCCAUCUCAUUUUACAGACUAGAGGCCGAACACUUUAAUUCUGAUUUUUGACCACUUGUAAAGUCCGAGUGCAUCUGUGUGCCGUCGACACGAGUGAUUGGUUUUCUGAAUGUGUGUGAUGCUUGAUUUGAGUUUCACAGAUGAAAGUGCUGCACUGUGAGGAGCGCAUGUGCUGGGGGUUGUCAUGGUUUUGAAUUGAAUUGAGUUUGCUUUUGAAUUUGCGCAUAAACCUCAGGUUUCUAGCUCCUCUUAGACUAUGAAAGCCAAAUAUUUCCUGCGUUCUAUGCACUAGUGAGGAGCAUCAUUCUGAACAGGCCGUGCUGUUCCGCGGCUGAACCGGACUGGGAGCUCGCUGACUUUGAAAUGUUUUUCUGUCCUUGAUGACCUCACAUCAGCAACAGGAAAGGUGCAGUCGGACUGUUAUGACCUCACUGCUGACGACAUCAUUAAGAGCCCAAUGUUGUUGAGAAGGACCUCUCAUUCUUACUGUCUUUUAAUGCUGUUUAAAUCACACGCCUCACAGACUGCCUUUAAGUGCCUGUUUAUUUCUACAUCAUAUUCACUCUCACAAUCUGUUUCAAAAGUUAUUUAUUAAAAUAAAGAUCCAAAUCAACAAA